CGAGCAGAGCUUUCCCCACAUAAUCAUACCAGGGAGCGACAUGGCCAGUUUCUGGAGCAGAAGUUCGGCUCUUUCAGGUCUAGCCUGGUCAUUAAAAUGCCUUUUUGUUGUGUUGCUGUCCUGGCGGGUCCAGGCUGCCCGGCUGUACUCGAUGGAAGAUCCGUUGACCAUUUUGACGAGCGAUAUUUUGAAGGAAACGCUGCUUAACUCGUCCACCGCCUGGCUGGUGCAGUUUUACUCGUCGUGGUGCGGCCACUGCAUCCAGUACUCGCCGACCUGGAAAGCGCUGGCUGGCGAUGUAAAAGACUGGGAGCAGGCCAUAAGAAUAGGAGUGCUGGACUGUGCUGAUGAAAAGAACUUUGAUAUUUGUAAAGAGUUUGGCAUUCAGUUCUACCCAACCUUCAGGUAUUUCAAAGCACGUAGCAGCACUUUUGAUAUCGGAAAAGCCUACAAGGGACCAGACAGGGAAUUGCAAACUGUAAGGCAGCUGAUGGUGAAUUUCCUCCAGAACCACACGCAGGAGGUCUGGCCUCCACAUUGCCCCCCUCUGGAGCCCUCCAGGUCGGCUGAAAUCCUUUCUCUCGUGGGGCAGAAAGCUGACCACUACACUGCCGUCAUCAUAGAGGAAGAAGAUUCUUACAUCGGCAGAGAGGUGAUGUUGGACCUGAUGAUGUAUGGGGGUAUGACUGUGAAGAGAACCUUGAAUUUGGAUACAGCCCUUCUGGACAGGCUGGGUGUUAGCUCAGUCCCAGCUGUGUAUCUGCUGUACCCUAAUGGAUCACAUGUGCUUGUGGACGUGAAGAAGAGUCAGCGCUUUUUCUUCUCCUCGUACCUCAAGCUCCUCCCUGGGGUGCACAGGAAGCGGGGUUCCUCUGCCCAGGGGGUUGUGGUGUCUGGAAGCAGAGGACAGAAGCCUGCAGAGAUGUGGAAGGACUUUGACAAGUCUAAAGUGUACAUGGUAGACAUGGAAUCAGGUUUGCAUUACUUGUUGAGAGUCGAGCUGGCCAGCCACCAGACCCUCACUGGAGACGAGCUGAAGACAUUCAAAGAUUUUGUUACGGUGGUUGCCAAGCUUUUUCCUGGUCGCCAGUCCGUGGUGAAGCUGCUGGAGACUUUGCUGGAGUGGCUAGUCAGUUUGCCCCUUGAGAAGAUUCCUUAUGACGCCAUCCUAGAUCUGGUCAACAACAAGAUGAGAAUCGCUGGGAUGUUCCUGAGCGAGCAGCUGCAGUGGGUCAGUUGCCAGGGCAGCCAGCCGGAGCUGAGAGGAUACCCCUGCUCCCUGUGGACUCUCUUCCACACUCUGACUGUGCAGGCAGCCCUGCGACCUGAUGCCUUGGCCAACACUGGCCUUGAGGAGGACCCCUUGGCGGUGUUGCAGACGAUGCGUAGGUAUAUCCGGACCUUCUUCGGCUGCCGGGAGUGUGGCGAGCACUUCGAAGAGAUGGCCAAAGAGUCUCUUCAGCAGAUCAAGACCCUGGAUGAGGCCAUACUGUGGCUGUGGAGAAAACACAAUCAGGUCAACAACAGACUGGCAGGUACCUUAAGUGAAGACCCGCACUCUCCCAAGAGUCAGUGGCCCACCCCAGACCUCUGCCUGGCCUGCCAUGAGGAACAGAAAGGCCUUCACAUCUGGAAUGAAGAACGCGUCCUGGACUUCUUAAAGCAACACUAUGGAGCUUCUAACAUUUCCCCACAGUAUGCCAUGGGCUACGGCAGUCUGGAGCCACUGGCGGGCCAGAGCGGGAAGGCAGUCGAGCGGCGGCCGCCACCUGACCAGACGGACGCAGCCGUCCUGAGGCUCAGCCCCGCCGUGCGUGGAGAGGUGCAUGCGGACGCCCAGCCAAAACCCAAGCCCAGCAUGACCUUCCUGGUCCUCGGCUUCUCCAGUUUGGACAUGAGUCUCUGCGUGCUCCUCUACACACUCUCGUGUGUUUUCCUCAUGGUCGUUUUCUUCUUCUUUCGCAUGCGGUCCAAGCGGUGGAAACUGAAGCACAGCCGUCUUUACGUAUAGCACACGGUCCAGGUGGUUGGGAGACUGGGACUCCACCCUCUCUCAUUUUUUUAACCAAAUGUAGCAGCUGAAGUGGAUUUCAAUAUAAGUGAAUGAGACUUGACGGGUUUUCCAGAAGCUACAGCAGGAUACCUCAUAACCCUUCCUGUAGUGACAGUUUUAGUAGACAGUCGUGGACAUUCAGCGAAUUUUUGAUUCAGAGAGACAUAAAUAUGGGAAGUGUAAAAUGAAUCAUUUUGACGAAUAUUAUGGAGAAUCUCAUAUUUGUGACGAAAUUUUAAAUGGUAGUUUUUAAAUGGUAGUAAUUAGACCAUGCCCCUCAUUACAGCAUCUUCUUCCUUCUUGGUUGUCUUUUUCCGUAGUUUAACCACUCCAUAACAUAAUUUUUUAAAUAUUUUAUAUAUCUGCCAUAUGAAUUCCAGAAAUUUCUCCUGAGCCAUUAGUAGUAUGAUUAUCUAUCAAGGCAUUAAGAUGAUUUGUCCACAUGUACAGCAGAAUAUGUGAGGUUUAAGGAUCAGGCUGAUUUGUGCUGUAGAAGAAAAGCCCUUAAGUUACUGAGAUCGGACAGGCCUCACGGGGCAUGACGGUGUUCAGUUCGCGUUACCUUCCUGUUCGUCCUAAGCAUUCAAAAGUUAUAAUAUGCUAACGGUUAAUAGUUUGAACCACUUGUCCAUAAAUUUAGUUUUAGUGUAAUUUGUUUAACAUUGUAGGCAGCAUGGUGACUUGGUGGGUAACACUUUUACCUCUUUAUCUCCAGGACUGGGUUUGAGUCCCACAUCGACUUCGUGUUUGUGGAGCUUGUAUGUUCUUACUAUCACAUGAAUUUUCUCCUGCAGUGUAAAGACAGCCGUUAGUCUAGUCACUGUCUUUAUACUGGCUGUAGUGUGAGUGUAUGUGGAUACAUGCCUGGCGUUCUGUCCAGCACUGACAUCCCAUCCAGAACUGGCACCCCUUCCAGGUAUACCCCAUACUUAGUGUCCUAUCCUGACUGGGGUAGAGUCUGGGUCACUUGUGGCUCUGUCCAAGGGUGGGUGGAUGGAUGGAUGGGUGGAUGGAUGGGUGGAUGGAUGGAUGGAUGGAUGGGUGGGUGGAUGGAUGGAUGGAUGGAUGAACAUGUUUUUAAAAACUACAGAUGCUAUUUAAAGCUUGCAAUGCAAAAUAAAAUCUAGUUUAACUUCAAUAUCUCUGAUCUGGCUGCCUUACGAGUAUACUUAUUUUUAUAAGAGGCCUUCUUUAUGACAAGAUAAGGAAUAUUUUGGGAAGUGUAAUUUAUAUUUAAGGUACAGUGGUUAUUCCGGUGAUAAAAUGAAGUUUGGAAAUAUUGUCACUGCUGUUCAGAGGUCUCUGCUGCUUUGGUUAAAUCCAUCAUAUUGAAGAUGUAAAUUUUAUUUUUGUGACCAUGCCCGAGUGUGAGCAUCGUCAAGAAUUAUUACACUAGGUUUCUUGUAAUUUUAAAAUAACGAUUCAAAACUGCCACCUCUGACCAGGCCUGAUUUUGGAUCCAAUUCUAAGAGCCUGGUUUGGAUAGUGGGACACUUUAAGCAUUCUGAAGAGAUUUCCUUUUCCAAAUGGCUUUUGCAUAUUUGUUAACAUGGCAGGACCAGUCUUUUCUCAAAUGAAACACAAGAAACAAGCUAAUAAUUUCUGCAGGCAAAGCCAUAGAACCAGGUCUUCAGUUCUCAAUUGAGGUUUAAAUAUAUUUAUUCCAUUUUUUUUAAUAAGCAAAAAGAAAAGGCUUUGUUUUUUAUCUAUUUAAAUGAUUAUAGUAAGUGAAUUAAUUUAGUAAAUUGAAUGUAUUUUCAUUUAAAUCACUACAGUUAUUUAAAAAUAAAAUAAUGUAUUUUACACAUUGGCAGUGUCAUGCCUGAACAGCUAUACUGGCUUGGCACCUGCAUUUGGUGGGGCUGCAGAGAAAUUUUUGUUUAAAUGUACCUUUCUUCUGUAUGAGGAAUAGUUUUAUUUCCAACCUUGUACUUUAAGUCGGUGCUAAGUAUUCCACUGGCUUCUUUUUCGCACGUGUGAAUCUUGAUUUCUUUGCGUUAAAGGGCAUGGCGUAAGCAGCACAGACCUGCCCUGCGGUCAGCUUCCUCUGAAGCUCUAAGUUAAUUUGGUUCUUUCUAAGAGGAGAAUAAAACAGAUUUCCUUUCCCGCUGGUUGUAAGGUGGCCUUUUUAGAGCUGCUUCAAGUUACCUGCUUGGAGUAGGAGUUUUUUUUUUUUUUUUUUUGUAAUUUAUUUUUCAUUAAAAUAAUUUGGCCAUUUUUUCUGUACAGCUGCUUCCUAUUUCAGUGGACUUUUAGGAUUUUUUGUAUAAAAUUGAUGUGUGAUUACUGUGAUUUGGAAAUUAAAACAUGCAAGAGUG